CGGCCUCCCCUCCGCGCCGGUGCGCGGCGCCCCGUCCCAGCCGCCGCCGCCGCCUCGCCCGGGUCGGAGAGCGCCGAGCCGCGAGGCCGGGCCGGGACUGCCGGGGGCGCGGCGCCGACGCCGAGGCGCGGCCAUGGACGGGAAGACCCGCGCCGGGGUCGCGCUGGUCCCGGGGCCGAGCGGCCGCGGGCCUUCCGCCCGCCGCCGCCGCCCGGGGCUGCUGCUCCCCGGCCUCUGGCUGCUGCUGCUGGCCCGGCCGGCCUCGUGCGCCCCAGACGAGCGUUCUCCUGAGCAGCGCGGCCUCGCUUUGCCCUCCGUGGAGCUCCCGCCGCGGGAGAGCACCGUGGGGAGCCCCGCACACACAGCCUUAGCAAAAACCGCCCCAGGGGCCCGGCCCAGCCGUUCCCUCCAGGGCACGCCAUCCCCAGCCACCACUGCUUCUGAUACGGCCUUCUCAGACCCGGGACCGCUGACCCAAAGUGCAGCAGGUCACAGCAUCUUCGGGGCGAACUCCGUGUCAGUGACGAGCAAUGAGGUGGUCCUCGAAGAGGAUGAGAUGGAGAACUUCUUGCCAGAAACCCAGUGGCCCACCUCCCGCCUGGUUUCCCCAGCGCAGCACCUCACAGCCAGCCCCCCGGGGCUGCCGGGAGAAGCACUGGACUCCCUGCCGACGCCGUCCUUACCCGAGGUUUCUUCUCAAGAUGAAGAAGUGGCCUCAGCCUGGGAAGACACGGCACAUGCUGAUUCUGCGAGUCCCGUUGGCGCUUUUCGGUUGACCGUCCUCCCCAGCGAGGGCGCAAUUCCAGCUCCCAGUAGGAACUUGGUGCUUCAUCCUCCUGACCCUCCCGGGCACUUACCAGGCAGGACGUCGCUGGAGACGCUGGAGACCGCGGCCUCAGGAGCAGAGGGCGCUGCAAGCCUCCUUUUCAGCCCAGCGUCAUCUGUGUCUCAGCCAGUAGGCGAUGGCGUCACCCGCCAGCCAUUGCCCCCCUCGGGGGAGGUCUCGGCGCCUCCAGAGGAAGUUCUGGCCACGGGUACAGACCGAUCCUCUGCAGGGACCACUGCUUGGGGUCAGAGGCCAGGAGAAACCGUCUCUGCAGGAACGUUUUCCACUGCCACCGUGUCCCAGACGGCCCUUGCUUUGGGAAAUCACGGCAGCUGCAGCAGCAGCAGCAGCAGCAGCAGCAGCAGCAGCAGCAGAAAUUCAGCUUUGUCUCCAACUCUCCCUGCGUCUGUGUCCUUUUCUACUCAAUCGGCUGAUGUCUCCCACAACCCCGUUCUUCCCGGCAACUCCAGGGACGCGUGGGAAGUGCCUGGCAGUUCAGCGUUCCCGGGGCGCGCGGGCGACGCCCACGCCUGGCGCCCCGCGUCUCCACCCAGACCGUACACGUGGUGUGCAUCCUGCACCAUGGUGUCCCCACGGCACGGUUUGUCACCGAGCCUCGCGGAGAGAGACGUGGGCUCGGGGGACGGCGCGGAGGCCGUGACCGGGUGGGCGGGGAGCAGCAGCGUCUCCCCGCUGAGCGGCACGGCGGCGGACCUCUCGGAGUUCGAGGGGGAGCCUCAGGACUACAAUACGCUUUUCCCCUCGAGACCCGUGGUCCCACUGUCUUCCCCAUCCGUGGAAAUCUCCAGAACAAGUGUCGGGCUUGCAGCCGAGGUGUCCAGGAGCAGUGUCCUGUCCAGCCCGGCGUCUCCUUCCCCUGGCCGCCUCUCCCUGCCAGUGUCACUCGGCACAACUGCCUUUGGCUCCUUCUCUGGCGCGGAGACUCAAGGAACGCCACCCAGUGGGACCGCUGUGUCUCCCUCGCUCACUCCCGGUGCUCUCCUCGCCUCGUCCUUCUCCGUCGCCGCAAAUGCGCCCACGCCCUCGCUUGCUCCCAGAGACCCAGCUCUCUUCUCUUCUUAUGGUUCGGAUCCGUCAGGAGAGCCUGCCCGUGUUUCCCACCACGAAGGUGCAAGUACGCUGGCCUGGGCCUCAGGCUUUUUCUCGACGCCGCCCCUGGAGCUCAGCGGCGCGGUGCCUUCAUCUUCAGGGCUCCUCCUUGCCUCUCCGGCUCCGGGGUCAAGCCAUCUGUCAGCCUUCGCCCCUCAGGACUUUUCUACCCUGGUUGAGGCAUUUACAUUGUCCGACUCGAUCAGUUUGCAGCCACCUCAGCUUCCUGUUCCUAACUCCACGAACCGGGAAUUUUCUCAGCUCUGGCCAAGUUCAGACCUUCGUUUAAAUGCGUCCGCUUUUCUCCCUGGAGACUCGGAAGCGACGCCGCUGUCAAGCUUCCCCUCCGAGGCUCUCAAGUUCUCUGGAGCAUCCGCAGUUUCGCCGACAGAUUCUGAAGCUCCUUUUACCUCGGCCGGCACUGCAGCUACCUCCGACUUUGCGUUUCCACCCACGUCCCAUGAACCUGCAGCCCCAACCUCGGUGCCCUCCAGUUCGGAGCCCGUCCUUGACAUUUGGACUCCGGGACCUCACUUAACGUCGCUUUUGACUGCUUUUCAUACAACAGCUCCUCCAAUGGAAUCAUCUCUUUUUUCGACUCCGUCCCCUUCUGAUGGUGACCUCCGGGCUAUGGAUGAUCCCACGUCUGUCUCGUCCUCUUUCUCCACAGUCAUUCCCACCACCACAGUGCUGGUCACGGCCAUGUCCCCAGCGUCAGCAUCCUCACUGGUUUCUGAAGUGACCCCUUCACCCGCACCUACAGAGCCUCGGUUCGUGGGCCCAUCCUCCUCCCCCACAGAGGCGGCGAUGAACAUCACCACCGUUCCAGGCACAUCCGGUACCCCUGCCGGCCCCACCAGCGCUGUGGACACCGUCCCGAUCAGCAGCCCCGAGACUCAGGGUCCCCACGAGAGCAGCGUGGCUCUUCCCUCGCCGUCCCUCCACCCCGGCUCCACCCCCACCCCCGAAGCCAUGGCCACUAUUCCAGCCUCGCUCCCCACCAAGCCGCCAUAUGUGUGUGACGUCACCGUUCCUGAUGCCUACUUGAUCACGACUGUGCUGGCCAGGAGAGCCGUGCAGGAGUACAUCAUCACGUCCAUCAAGGAGGUGCUGAGGGUCCACUUCAACCGCGCUGUGGAGCUCAAGGUUUACGAACUGUUCGCUGACUUCACUUUCCUGGUCACGUCGGGCCCCUUUGUCUACACGGCAAUAUCCGUCAUCAACGCGCUGGUGAACAGCAAACUGGUGCGCGACCAGACGCCUCUCAUCCUGGCCGUGAGGCCGUUCCUCCUCGCGCCGGAGUCCAGGUUCCAGGUUCAGACGGUCCUGCAGUUCGUGCCUCAGAGCGUGGACACCGGCUUCUGCAACUUCACGCAGCGCAUCGAGAAAGGCCUGCUGAUAGCGCUCUCCGAAGUGAGGAAACACCAUCUGGGCACCUACAACUUCACUGUGCAGAUCUUGAAUGUCACCGUGGGCUCUUCAAGGGUGGCUCCUCGCCGGGGCCCGGUGAACAUCGUCUUUGCCGUUAAGAGCGCGCAGGGGUUUUGGAACGGGACCCAAGUGAGUGAACUGCUCCGGAACCUGAGUGUGGUGGAGUUCAGCUUCUACCUGGGGUACCCGGUGCUCCAGAUCGCCGAGCCCUUCCAGUACCCGCAGCUCAACCUGUCCCAGCUGCUGAAGUCGUCCUGGGUGAGAACAGUCCUCCUGGGCGUGGUUGAGAAGCAGCUUCAGAACGAAGUGUUUCAAGCCGAGAUGGAGCGCAAACUGGCCCAGCUGCUGGGUGAGGUGUCCACCAGAAGGCGGAUGUGGAGAAGGGCCACCGUGGCUGCCGGCAACAGCGUGGUGCAGGUGGUGAACGUGUCGCGGCUGGAGGGAGACGACCAUCCCGUGCAGCUCAUCUACUUUGUGGAAGAUCAAGACGGAGAGAGACUCAGUGCGGUCAGGUCUUCGGAUCUGAUUAACAAGAUCGAUAUCCAGAGAGCGGCCAUUAUCUUGGGUUACCGAAUUCAGGGCGCUGUGGCCCAACCCGUGGACAGGGUGAAGGGGCCGUCGCCGGAGUCCCAGAGCAGCAACCUCUGGGUCAUCGUGGGCGUGGUCAUCCCCGUGCUGGUGGCCAUGGUGAUUGUGGUCAUCCUCUACUGGAAACUCUGCCGCACGGACAAGCUGGACUUCCAGCCCGACGCCGUGGCCAACAUUCAGCAGCGGCAGAAGUUGCAGAUCCCCAGCGUGAAGGGCUUCGAUUUUGCCAAGCAGCACCUGGGCCAGCACAACAAAGACGACAUUCUGAUUAUUCAUGAGCCAGCUCCGCUGCCGCCGGGACCUGUGAAGGACCACACCACGCCCUCUGAAAAUGGAGACGUCCCGAGCCCCAAGGCCAAGGUCCCCUCCAGGAAUGUCCGUCACCGAGGAAGAAUUUCGCCCUCGGAUGCCGACUCCACCGUGAGUGAAGAGUCCAGCGAGAGGGAAGCAGGAGAGAAGGCACCAGGUGCUGCGAAUGAUGGCAAGUCCUGCAGAGCCCCACCCAGCGGGCCGCCGCCACCCAGCUCCGGGAAUGAGCAGCACUCUUCCGCCUCCAUCUUCGAGCACGUGGACAGGAUCUCCCGCCCCUCGGAGGCCAGUCGGAGGGUCCCCAGUAAGAUCCAGCUGAUCGCCAUGCAGCCGAUCCCCGCACCUCCGGUUCCCCACCCCGUGCUGGCUGACCGCGUAGCAGAGACCAACAAAAUUAACAAAGAGAUUCAGACGGCGCUGCGGCACAAGUCGGAGAUCGAGCACCACCGCAACAAGAUCCGGCUCCGUGCCAAGCGCCGCGGCCACUACGAGUUCCCGGUGGUGGACGACCUGUCGUCGGGCGACACGCGGGAGCGGCACCGGGUGUACCGCAGGGCGCAGAUGCAGAUCGACAAGAUCCUGGACCCCACGGCCAGCGUGCCCUCCGUGUUCAUAGAGCCCAGGAAGAGCUCGAGGAUCAAGCGUUCUCCCAAGCCACGCCGGAAACAGCAGGUCAACGGCUGCCCCGGAGAUGCCGAGAAGGACAGGCUCAUCACCACGGACAGCGACGGCACUUACAAAAGGCCCCCCGGCGUCCACAACUCUGCCUACAUGGGUUGCCCAUCCGACCCUGACCUUCCAGCAGACGCACAGACGCCGUCUUCUGCUGAGCUGGGCCGCUAUCCAGGCCUGCCCUUCCCGGCCCCCCAGUACGUCCCGCCCCAGCCGUCCAUCGAGGAGGCCCGCCAGACCAUGCACUCCCUCCUGGACGACGCCUUUGCCCUGGUGGCCCCCAGCAGCCAGCCCACCAGUGCCGCAGCCGCGGGCUCCGGGGUUCCAGCCGGCCUGCCUGCGAACAGCACCCCUUCCCGGGAAGAGAGAAGAGCCACCCAGUGGGGGUCCUUCUACAGCCCAGCUCAGACGGCCAACAACCCGUGUGGCAGAUACGAAGACUAUGGGAUGACGCCCCCAGCAGGCCCAUUGCCAAGACCCGGUUUUAGCCCCGGUUUGCUGCAGUCUUCAGAGCUGGUGCCUUCCGAGCCCCAGCAGCCUCAGGCAUCUGCUGAAGCCCCGUUUGCUGCCCGAGGGAUCUACUCCGAGGAUAUGCCAUCGGUGGCCCGGCCUCGGCCUGUCGGGGGUACCACAGGCUCCCAGAUCCAGCACCUGACGCAGGUGGGCAUUGCGAGCAGAAUCGGAGCUCAGCCCGUGGAAAUGCCACCCAGCAGAGGCGGCCAGUACGGGGGGCCAGGCUGGCCUCCGUACGGGGAGGAUGAGGCGGGCCGAAGAGAGGCCACACACGUGCUCGGGCAUCAGGAGUAUCCCUCUUCACCGCUGUUCCAGGUGCCAAGGACUUCAGGUAGGGAGCCCUCGGCGCCCCCGGGGAACACCCCGCACAGAGGGCUGCAGGGCGCCGGGCUGGCCUACGCCGCCAGCUCCACGGAGGACCUGCAGCCCGGCCACUCCUCGGCCUCGCUCAUCAAGGCGAUCCGCGAGGAGCUCCUGCGCCUCUCCCAAAAACAGACCGCCGUGCACAGCUUCCACAGCUGAUGGGCCUCGCCUUGCGCGUGUGCCAAGUAUCCGCUUCCCGUGGAAGCAAGACUCUCACAGGAAACCAGCCGCGGGGGCGCCUGCAAGAGGACCAGUGCCUGCUUGAGCCCCCGGCCUGCGGAAGGGAGCAAGUUGCAAUUUGAGAAGAUGCCAUUAAGUUGUGUGGCAGCUCAUGGAGCUUUUAAUGAGUUGGCAUUGUCGCGACCACUUGGGUUCCAUUGUGAUUUCCAUACUUCUUGGCCAAAAGCCAACAGCACUUCCCGGAAGACGAACCACAAACCUCAGUUACCAGAAUUUCUAAGCUCGUCUCCCUUUUCAAGGCAAAAGAUGGAAAUGUAUGAAAUGUGUGGGGCUGACGGGAAUCCAGCGUUUCCGUGGGAAGACAUGUUCGAGGUUGGUUUGUACGAUGCACCCGCUGCUUUGUUUUCUGAGAAGGAGAGGCCGGAAGACGUUUCGUUCACAGCUUACUUCCCCCCCGUUUCUCCGUAGGAACUUACGUUACUAGUAAUAUUAACAGCAAGGACACUAAGGCUGUUCGGGGAUUUACAAAGCUACUAGUGAGAAACCAAAUGAUAGAUUGUAGAGCCUGACCCUCCCAGUCGAAGCCAUUGCCUGUGUUUCCCCUCCUUCUUCUGGUGCUACAGCUCCGGGGCGCUCCACCUCCAUGUCUGGGAAACCAACUUUGGCUUUUCAGUGGAAGAAUAUGUCGAAGGUUUUGUUUUGUUCUAGAAAGAAAAGAAAAAAAAAACGCUCCCAAAUGAGGGGGGGAGGGAAGUUUCCUAUUUAUUUGGUUAUUCAAAAUACAUGUCGAAGUUUAGAUUUA